AUGAAUAACUCUACACUGAACUUCACUACACCUGAAACAUCUACAAACUCCACAGUGGGACCUCUGGACUAUAUUGAAAUCAGUGCGCUCAGCAUCAGUUUCCUGUUUGGCGUUCCUACAAAUGUCUAUGUUCUAUGGCUCAUCCUCACAGGAACAGGAAGUGGAGUCGCCUCAGAGUUCUUCAUGCUCAAUCUCUCUGUUUGUGAGAUUUGUACCAGUUUGAAUAAUUUGGUCUCUUUACUGCCCUUUUACGUCGCGAGUCUCAAAUUAUUACCAAUGUUUCUACAAGGACUAAUACUCACCGGUCGUCCUCUGUUUCAGUGUCUGAUCUGUGUAGAGCAUUACCUGGCGGUGGUGCAUCCUGUAACCUUUCUGAAGUACAAACCUCUCAGAUACAGAGUGAUCUGCUGCGCUGUGGCUUGGAUAAUCACUCUCGGAUCAUGUUUCUAUUGUUUAUUUAUUGUAAUUGCACAAAAUACUCAAGCAGAGAUAAGCUUCUUCUCAACACACUUCCUUCUCCUCACCUUCUUCCAGUUGUUCUUUCUCGUGGCUAUUCUCAGAGCUCUGAAGCAGUCUGGACCAGGAGGAAGAGGGAGAGAGAGAGAAGAGGAAAACCACAUGAAGAGAAGAGCGUUUUAUCUCAUUCUCAUAACUACUGUGAGCAUGACUAUCACAUAUGCACCAUAUGCUAUCACAGGAUUCUCUGUUCUUUUGACUGGACAGAAUACUCAUAUAUAUUGGGUUCCUGCUUCAAUUUGUUAUAUAUUGGCUGGUUUUGUUCAACCCAUUCUUUAUCUGCAUCGAGCUGGAAAUAUCUCCUGGCUCUGUUACCCAUAA